AUAGAACUCCUAUAAUAGGGGGAAGUAUUUAAUUUUAUUUAUAUAAAAGUAUAUAGUAUACAAAAUUGUACAUAAAUCAAUAUGUAUACGGUGUAAUAAUAAUCGAUAUUAAUGUUUGAUAAAUUUAAAAAACUAUUAGUUAUCCGCGAAAAAAGGUGCUCGUUUCAAUGUUGUAGGUUAUGUUACUUGGUUAGAGGUUGGGAAUUUUGUAAUUUAAAGUCCAUAUAAUUAAAACAUAUGUUGCAUUCCUAACUUGCAAAUUAUCAAAAGUAAAGGUAUGGCAGAAAAUACAAUUUUUGAUCGACAUAAACAAGGAAUAAUAUGGAAUGAUAUUAAAAUUGGUAAUGAUUUUUACAUGAUCUCUAUUACACGGAGAAAUGACACAACUCAAGUAUUUUUAACUAAUCUCAUUGAAAUAUGGAUGGAAACAAUGACAAAUGAAACUAUUUUAACUAGAUGCAGAGAAUUAAAUCCACUAUUAAAUAUUGAUGCUUUUAAUUAUGAAGAAGUUGUGGCAAAUAUCUUAAAUAAUAUAUUAGAAUAUAUUGUUGAAGCUUCUGUUGAACAAAUAAAGUUACGUGCUCAGAUAGAAGAGGGUUCAAUGAAGUUUGCUUUAUAUUUAUCAAAGGGAACACCGUAUGAAUUUUGGGAAAUUAUAACUAAACCUCUAUGCGUGUCAUCAAUGGAAAUUAUUCGUCAGCAUAAAAUUCUUUUAGAUUUAGUAAAGAGAAAAGAUGAGGAAAUUACUGAAUAUAAAGCAGAAGGUGCUGAGUUAAUAAGAAAGAACAUUGAAACAGAAACUUUUAAGGAAGAUGAUCUUAAAACACAUAUUUUUAUUUCCAAUAUUGGUAAAUGUACCAGUGCAUUCCAGGCAAUGAUGAAUUUUUAUAAUACACUAAAUUUGAACGACACUAGCAAAGAUUCUACUGAGUCUGCAAGUAGCACUAGUAAAAAUGACAAAAUGGAACAGUGUAAAGAUAAUGGAGUUGAUGGGUCUAAAGAAGUUGCAAAUGAAGAUAUUUAUAUUCAAAGAAAACUGGAAACAGUAAAGUCCAGAUGUAAAAGUCAGAAGAAAUGUACCAUUAAUGAAAAAGUAACUAGUCCCAAAAUAAGAACCAGAAUGAUACACAAACCUAUUAAAAAAUUAAAGAAAGGUUUAAAUGAUUUUAUAUUGUAAAACAAUAUAUAUAUAUAUAUAGAAACGUAAUAUUCAGAGGGAAGGGCUGAGAGUAUAAAUCAUGUUAUUUAAAGUACUGCUUCUCCUUUGACUUUACAUAUAUUUUUGCAACAAUUUUAAAUUGUAUAUUAUAAAUUUGUAGUUUUUCUAAUAGCUGUGCAAUUUUUAAUGUUUCUACUAUGGUUUGUAUUUUAUGAUACAAAAUCGAAUAGUAUAUCUAUGAUCAUGAAUUUAAUAUUUUGUAAUAUAUUUAAGAACGCCAUUGAAGAACAAAAAAGAUGGGUUGAAACUCAUAAGCUCUUUCUCUGGCUAUUGCUCCAAUUGUAAAUAUUAUAUCAUCAAUGAAUUGUUAUUUUGAAAUGAGAGAAUCUUAUAUAAUAACAUUUUUACAAUUUUUCAAAUAUGAAAUUCAAAAUAUGUAUACACUAAUCAAAAAUAAUUAUUUUAUGUAUAU